AUGGACGACGAUGAGCAAGUCGUAGCAAAAGUUCCAAAUCCUAACGCCGGCCUGACUCACUUCACGACCGCCAGCGAGGUGGCUACGAUGAACAUGAUGCGCAACAGUAUGAAGACCCCGACGCCCAAGGUACUCGCUUGGAAUUCCAGCAACGAGAACGUCGUACAGGCCGAGUAUAUAAUCAUGGGGAAGGCGAAAGGCGUCCAGCUGGGUACUGUUUGGCCUACAAUGGACAGCAACCAGAAAGUCCAGCUGAUCAGGGCGAUUGCAAAAUGCCAGCGAGUGUGGUCGAGGAUGUCCUUCGGUCAAAUUGGUAGCCUCUACUGUGCAAAAGAUCUGCCAUCUGUUAACCGAACAGCUCCAGUGUAUUUCAACGAUUCAGGUGAGCCCAUUGAAGACUCCGAGCUUGCGAUCGGACCAGUCGUAGGCAGAGAAUGGAUGGAUUGUGGUAGGGCGAGCCUGAACAGUGACAGAGGCCCAUGGGGAUCAAUAGAGGAAUACAGGCGAGCCGUAAUAGAACGAGAUAUGGAGGCUGCUAGAAGCCUGAAUGUUCUCCCCAAGCCGUUAUCGAUGCUCUGCGGCCCAACGCUCUACCAGCCUACCAAGGAGAAGAAGCUUUUCGCGUGCGAAGCCGCUCUCAAGGUCUUGCCUCAUAUCUUGCCUCGAGAGCCGUGGGCUUCGACUUUCCAUAUGUGGCACGACGACUUACAUGAAGAGAACAUCUUCGUAGACCCGCAUGAUCCUACCGUCAUCACGGCGAUCAUUGAUUGGCAGUCAACAUUCAUCGCCCCUCUCUUUGACCAUACCACGUUUCCAGCAUUCUUGGACCAUGAAGGACCGACAGUGCAGGAGCAGGUGCUGGCGUCCGGCUACAAGCACAUGCUAAAAGAAAACAUCAAGCCCGUAUUCGAUGCCGUUAUGUACGAGGAGUCCGCAGCCUCCGCUGUUAUGAGCGCAUCGCGCAAUUUGUUCGAAGUAGGUGAAGCACACUGCAUGGGCUCCAUCACAGUACUCGAAGAUUCGACUGUGGGGUUCUCCAGUGCUACGCUGGCAACUAUUCACGAAGACGUAGAGAAAACGGCGGCAAGUAUGAACGCAAUGAGGGUGAUCAAAAACGCAUUAGGGCCUCUGUUUCCGGAGAAGGGAAUUGUUCGGUCGGAUCAGUACGAAGACGCGAAGGCGGCAUUGCGCAAUGUGAAAGGACGGGGUUUCGCGGACUUCUCCACAUCAGCUGAAGAUCUUCGAGCCUGGGAGGAGGCGUGGCCAUUUGCCGACUAG